UCUGUCAAUACUGUCAAUAGGGCCGAGCAAGUGUCGUGCGACAGCCAAAAUGGCUCAAAUAAUGAAUGUUUUGUUGCGAAAAUCAGCAAAUUUAGGGCCAGCCAAGGCUCUAUUGAAUGCCGCGCCGGCCCUUCUCAAUGCAAAUCAAAACCGAGCAGCGCACAGAUGGUUCCCAGACGCUGAGUAUGUGAAGCAGUUCGAAGGAGCUGUCAUGUACCCUGAUGAGGUCACCUCAUUACUGAAGCACCCGCCCUACUCAGGUAUCGUGGCGCCGGCUGAGAAGCAGGUCCGGAACAUGGUGCUGAACUUCGGGCCGCAGCACCCCGCCGCCCACGGCGUACUACGACUUGUGCUUGAACUCGAUGGAGAGACCGUCCGCGCCGCAGACCCCCACAUAGGGCUGCUGCACCGCGGUACUGAGAAGCUCAUCGAGUACAAGACAUACACGCAGGCGUUACCCUACUUCGAUCGUCUCGACUACGUAUCCAUGAUGUGCAACGAGCAAUGCUACUCUUUGGCCGUUGAAAAACUUCUAAACAUCGAUAUACCUAUCCGUGCCAAGUAUAUUCGCACGCUCUUCGCCGAGAUCACUCGCAUCCUGAACCACAUAAUGGCGGUGGGCACGCACGCGCUGGACGUGGGCGCACUAACCCCCUUUUUCUGGCUGUUCGAGGAGAGAGAGAAGAUGAUGGAGUUCUACGAGAGAGCGAGCGGGGCGAGAAUGCACGCGGCUUAUAUUAGACCAGGGGGAGUUUAUUUGGACAUGCCCCUUGGCCUUAUGGACGAUAUUUACGAAUUCGCGAGCAAGUUCGCCGAGCGUCUCGACGAGGUUGAAGACGUGCUCACCACCAACAGGAUCUGGGUGCAGCGUACUAAGGACAUAGGCAUCGUGAGCGCUCAGGACGCGCUCAACUAUGGAUUCAGUGGUGUAAUGCUCCGUGGUUCCGGUAUCAAAUGGGAUCUGCGCAAGUCUCAGCCUUACGACGCGUACCACCUUGUCGACUUCGAUGUACCACUUGGAACCAACGGCGAUUGUUAUGAUCGUUACCUGUGUCGCGUGGAAGAGAUGCGUCAGUCUCUCCGCAUUAUUGACCAAUGCUUGAACCAAAUGCCGCCCGGCGAGAUCAAAACCGAUGACGCCAAACUUACACCGCCUUCUAGAGAAGAGAUGAAGACCUCAAUGGAAGCCCUGAUCCACCACUUCAAGCUGUUCACGCAGGGCUACCAGGUGCCCCCCGGAGCCACCUACACCGCCAUCGAGGCCCCCAAGGGAGAGUUCGGAGUCUACCUCGUGUCCGACGGGGGAUCCAAGCCUUACAGAUGCAAGAUCAAGGCGCCCGGGUUCGCGCACCUGGCCGCGCUGGAGAAGGUCGGCCGCAACUCCAUGCUGGCCGACAUCGUGGCCAUCAUCGGCACGCUCGACGUCGUCUUCGGCGAGAUCGACCGGUAGAGGGUGUGGGGGGGGGGCGACCGUACAGGGGUAGAGGGUGUAUUCCCAUUCGUCCUUGCCCCGUGUGAAGGAGGAGGGCAGGAACGAUUCAAUGAACGAACGGAACGGGAAUGAAUCCUUCCCAUUUGUGACCGUCCCCUUCACGUGGCCGGGAACAAAUGGGAAUACACCCGGGAUAAGUGCUAACGAUGACAAGUUUGAAACGCGUUCAUUGGCAACUUUUGUCGAAGAAAGUGCGGAAUUGGCAGCUUUGGGCGUCCGUUAAUUGCGUGAGGUGUUCACCAAUUAUCACGGGUAGAGAGGAAUAUAUGUAUAUAACGUAUUUUUUUCUGGUAGAUAAUUGUGCAAAAAUGCGAGAAAAUUACAAAAAAUAUGUUUCAAAAAACUAAUAACCCUCAAAAUACUACUCUUAACAAAAAUAUCAAUGCAAAUUGUGAUUUUUUUUUAUAAAUCUAACGCUUUUAUACUAAAAAAUACAACUUUUUAAAAAUCUCACGUAAGAUUAAAGGUGGGGGAGGGGGUCGAGGCGAAUCUCACAAGAGGGGAAGGGUGGGUCGAAAAAUUCUCAAAUUACAGGUCUGAAACCUCCCCCGGAGGGGGUCGAGGCGAAUCUCACAAGAGGGGGUCAAAAAGUCCGACACCUUACGCAAUUAAUGUACGCCCGCUUUAGAAACGAAACAUGCUAGUUUAGCAACUUUUGAAGCAAAAGAUGCUACCUGGCAACUUUGCUGCGCUUGGCAUCUUCUGAAAUUUCGAGUUGGCAAAAUGAACAACUGGAUAUUUAGUGUCUUUACUAUUUUAAUGUGAAAUAUUUGAAAAAACAUCCAUACAAAAAUAAUCCCUUUUCAAGACUAAUACGAUUAGAUCUUACGUUAUAAAUGGCUCGUUCAAGAGUUAUUUUAAUAUUAUAUUCACAUUCUUCACUAAUAAAGGUAAAACACUAAAUAUGGCAGUCAUAAUACGUAAGAACUAGGAAAAAUAAGUUGUAACUACCCUCAAUAUAAAAUAAAAAUCAGUGAAAAUGUAAUAUAUAUAUCAUCAAUAAAAUCAAAAAUGUA